UGUGUUCCUUCUUCAGAAGAAACAGAUCAAGAACAGAACGAGAGAGAGAGAGAGAGACUUGGGGAGUUUUCAGCUACAAAAGAUGGAGAAUUUAUCGAAUCAAGAUGAAAACGAAGAUGCGGGUUAUCAUCAAUCACCUCGGUCCAUUGAUCCAAAUGAUCAAUCGGCAUCAGAAACUCCGGUUUACUCGACGAUGAGCAUAGAUUCCUUUGUUUAUCCUCGAACUUGUUCAGAGAGUACUUCAGGCUUUUCAGACCAAAUAGAUGAAACCAACAGCUUCUGUAGUGAAGCUUCUCCAUGUAAUUGGCCUGUCCUCACUGAAUCUAAGUUUGAUGAGAGCUCUAAACGUCUCACUGCUCUAGAGAUGCAAUCAACUGAAAACCUUGCAGUUCAAGAAAUUUCAGAACCAGAACUUGAGACAAUGAAGGAAAGAUUCGCAAAGCUUCUACUUGGAGAGGAUAUGUCAGGAAGUGGUAAAGGAGUCUGCACUGCAGUGACCAUCUCAAACGCAAUUACCAAUCUUUAUGCUACAGUGUUUGGACAGAAUCUGAGGUUAGAGCCGUUAGAAACAGAGAAGAGAGCAUUGUGGAAGAGAGAAAUGAAUUGUCUGUUAUCUGUAUGCGAUUACAUAGUCGAAUUCAUCCCUAGAUGUCAGAAUCUAAGCAAUGGAGCUACUGUUGAGGUGAUGGAGAGUAGACCAAGAGCAGAUAUCUAUAUCAACUUACCUGCAUUGAGAAAGCUAGAUUCAAUGCUCAUGGAAGCAUUGGAUAGUUUCCAAAACACAGAGUUUUGGUAUGCAGAAGAAGGGAGUCUAUCGAUGAAAUCUGCGCGUUCUGCGACUGGAUCAUUCAGGAAAGUUAUAGUACAGAGGAAAGAAGAGAAAUGGUGGUUACCAGUUCCUCUAGUUCCAUCAGAAGGUUUGUCAGAUAAAGCCAGAAAACAACUCAGAAACAAGAGAGAGAGUACUAAUCAGAUUCACAAAGCUGCAAUGGCUAUCAACAGUAGCAUUCUCAGUGAAAUGGAGAUUCCAGAGUCUUAUAUGGCAACUCUUCCAAAGUGUGGUAAAAGCAGUGUUGGAGAUUCAAUCUACCGUUACAUGAGUAGUUCGGGUCGGUUUUUCCCAGAACAACUCUUAGAUUGUCUGAAUAUAGCAACUGAGCACGAAGCUGUUCAGUUAGCAGAUAGAGUAGAAGCUUCGAUGUACACAUGGAGACGCAAAGCCUGUCUAAGUAACUCUAAGAACUCAUGGAACAUGGUGAAAGAUCUUAUGUCCAACACAGAGAGAACAGACAAGAACUAUCUUAUGGCUGAGAGAGCAGAGACUCUGCUCUUCUGUUUAAAACAGCGUUACCCAGAAUUGUCUCAGACAUCAUUAGAUAUAUGCAAGAUUCAGUAUAAUAAGGAUGUUGGAAAAGCUGUGUUGGAGAGCUAUUCAAGAGUACUUGAAGGUUUAGCUUUUAACAUAGUUGCUUGGAUUGAUGAUGUUCUAUAUGUAGACAAAACCAUGAGAGGUAGUGAAUAAGUUGAAGUAGAUUUUGAUUUUACUUUUGAGAAGAAGAUUUAUAUGUUUCUUUUCCUUCUGUUCUCCGCUCCUGUAAAUUAAAC